ACGUUAUCUCCUCUGGUAUUAUUUUAUCUCCUGUGUUACCAUGUUAUCUUCUUUGUUUUCAUUUUAUCUCCUCUGUUGUUAUUUUAUCUCCUGUGGUUUUUACCUUCCAUGUUAUCAUGCGAUCUCCUGUGUUAUCAUUGUGACUUUAAAUCAUUUCGACCUGGACUUGUUUUCAGGUCUGCAGUUUUUCUGCCGACUGUGCGACCAAAGGUCUUCACGCCCAUCACCCCAGAGAUUGUCUGUACCACCUGAGAGACUGGAGCGUGUCACGCCUACACUUGCUGCUACAGUUUUACAGAGUGUCUCCAUCCUGGUUGGAUGCAGCCAAUGGCGGCUCGGCAGGCGGCGGUCGGACAGGUGAGGCAGGUCUCUCAGUGUGCUCACCUGGUGGCGUGUUACCUGUCCUGCUCUGAUGAGCUGCGUGUUUCAGGUGUGUGUUUGGUUCUGGAGCUGAGAGAGGACGGCGGCCGGCGGGAGGAGCCCUGUGGACGAGCAGCUGAGCACCAAGGACUCUGCCAGAUGCACUACAAGGAACGUCUGGUGGAGCUGAUCAACCGUUGCCGUGCCGACCCAGUGGUCCUCUUCAGCCCUGCCGAGAUGAAGGCGGAGCUUCAGCGCUGGAAUGUGGCCACGCCCACCAGGAAACCAGAAGAACAGGAGCCGCUGUACAUCCACCGCCUCCGCCUGACUCUGACCAACAGCAUUCCUCUCCGGAGACGGCCACGACCUUUAACCUCUGACCUCUGCUCUAACUCCUGGAGCUCUGCCUCCUCACCUGCUGACCAGUGACUGACUCACCUGUGGCAAACGUGCCGGCAUAGUAAUCAUUAACGUUAAUGUCAGUGGGAUGAGUUCUGACCACGCCCCCUUCGGUGAUGUCACCUGUCUCUAUCUCAGUGACGUUAUCAUGGACAACAGCCGGUGGCCUCUGAUUGGCUCAGUGGACCAAAGACGGACUGAAUGUUAACGAGCUAUAUGUUAAUAAACUGAGUAUAAACGAGCUGAAUAUUAAUAAGCUGAAUGUUAAGGAGCUGAGUGUUAACGAAGUUAGUGUUAACGAGCGGAGGGAUAAAGAGCUUAAUGUUAACGAGCUGAGUGUUAACUAGUUGAGUGUUAACAAGCUUAAUGUUGACGAGCUGAGUGUUAAUGAGCACAGAGGGUUAGUGUUAAUUAGCUGUCGAGAUGAAUGUUAAUAAGCUGACUGGCAGGGCGAUGUGGCCUAAAAAUAAAAUCUUUUUUCACACUAAA